AUGGCGGGUAGGUUGGACCCUUUGAAAAUGGAGCUGCUGGGAGCCGUGGACGAGGAUGAGGAGGCUGAAGGACAGGACAGGUCUCCGAAGAAGCCCGAGGACUUGCUGGCAAUGGUGAAGAAGCUGCAGAAAGAGGGGAGCCUGGAGCCGCAGAUUGAGGACCUCAUUAACCGGAUUCACGAGCUGCAGCAAGCAAAAAAGCAAGCCAGCGAGGAACUGGGAGAGGCCCGCACGCUCUGGGAGGCCCUGCACAGGGAAUUAGACUCACUGAAUGGUGAGAAAGUGCACCUAGAGGAGGUCCUGAGCAAGAAACAAGAGACACUGAGGAUCCUGCAGCUGUACUGUCAGGAGAAGGAAAGUGAGGUCCACAGGUACGAGGUCCUGCCCCAGCUGGAGGAGCUGAUGGGCCCGCACAAGGACCUCUGGGAAUUCCACAUGCUGGAGCAGCGACUGGUCCGGGAGAUCCGUACCCUGGAAAGCAGCAAGGUGCAGCUGCUUACCGAGGAGAUGCUGGUGCAGGCGAAGCUGGAGGAAGUGGGGCGGCGGCUGCCCUCGCCGCCCGAGGUCGUGGGCGACCCACCGGUGAAUGGCAGGCCCCUCCUGCGCGGCCAGGAGGCCACAGCCGUGGGGCUGAAGGGGGCGCUGGACCAGCUCGAGGGCCAGGUCCCGGCCGUCGCGCAGAGCGCCCCGGAGCGGGAGGCCGGCGGCGAAGGAGACGUGGGCAGCGGGGGCACGGGGCGCGCGGGCGGGGUGUCCCCGGAGGCGUCUGAGAAGAGGGGUCUGUGGGGAGACCAACGGCCGGCAGAGCUGCCCCCGCCGCCCCGCUAG